GAUCGGUGACGGACGAGUGACGAGAGAGAGUGUUGUUAAUGAAUGAACGAGAUCGGGAAAGUUUUUUGUUUCGCACGUCAUUUGAAUAGAUUUUCAGUGAAAUUUUCAUAUGACAUGACUUUCUAGUGAUCAUAAUGGCCUCAACAUCGAGUUGUGACCCUAAAGUGUUGAUGGCAAAGGGAAAAAGGGCCACAGCUACUUACAUUCAUGCCGAUUGCUCCAACGAGAGAAAUCCGCAACACUUGAACGAAGUUUUGGAUAAUCUGCUGAACCCCCAGAAGUCUAUCGAAGAAUGGGAAACGAUAGAUUGGUGCAAGUGGCUUAUGGCAGGGGGCAGAACCCCCGAUGAAUUCGCUAGCACAGUUCGAGCAUACGACAAUGCAACAACUUGUGGUCUGGUGUGGACGCCGAAUUUCGUGGCCUACAGGUGUCGAACAUGUGGCAUAUCACCGUGUAUGUCACUUUGUACAGAAUGCUUCAAGAAGGGUAACCAUGCGCGGCACGAUUUUAAUAUGUUUUUGAGCCAAGCCGGCGGUGCAUGCGAUUGUGGGGAUGCUUCUGUAAUGAAAGAAACAGGUUUUUGUGAACGACACGGCCCUAACAAGAGAUCCACCAAAGGACAGGCGCCCACAGAUCUGAUGUGCGUAGCAGAAGCCAUGAUGCCUAGAAUAAUCCUGCGUCUCAUACAACAUCUACGAGAAAACAGUCGGAUGGGAACGGCGGACGCGUACAAAGGAGCCAUUCAGGACGCCGACGCCUUCAUAACCAUGUUGUCGGAUUUUAACAACAUGGGUGGGUUAAUGAGAAAAGUUAUCACGACAGCUCUUACUAAUCCACAGAAAUAUCGGGUAUUAAACGAAAUUCCUGAAAACCCAACCACCGAGUAUGAACAGUACCUGGUAGAAUCACGUCGAAAAUACGAAGAAGCCCUCGAGUCGUUACCCAAUCCAGAACCCAUAGAGAACUUGGUGCACAAAACGUUUCUCGAGGAAUUAGUUUUCUGGACGGUUAAAUUCGAAUUUCCACAGAAGAUCGUGUGUUUGCUGUUGAAUAUGUUGCCGGAUUCCGAUUAUAAGGAAGCCUUAACAAGAGCUGUGGUUCUUCACUAUAGUCGUAUAUCCAUCAUGUUAGAGAGAUCAGCCGAUCCUGAUACGCUAAGCAAUAGAGUAGUCCACGUCAGCGUCCAGCUAUUUUCAAAUGAAAAUUUAGCUCUAAAGAUGACCGAACAGCUCAAUCUGUUGCACGUCAUGGUCGAAAGUCUCAAAUAUAUGAUGAGCAAAAUUUUGAUUAAGAGCAACUUGCAUAAUCAAAAAGAAAGCUGCCAUUACGUCGUCGAUUGUGCAAAACCAGUGAUGAAAGAUCAUUGCUAUUGGCCUCUGGUAUCAGAUUUAAAAAACGUACUCUCUCAUCGACCUGUAGCACUAAAGUUUAUGUCUGACGAUGAUCUGUUGGAGAGGUGGUUCGUUUUCCUGUCUAUGUUUCAAGUUAUGAACGUAAACCAACGAGAGCUGCACCAACACAUUGAAUUUGAACCAAAUACCUACUACGCAGCGUUUAGUGCGGAAUUAGAAGCCAGUGCGUAUCCAAUGUGGGCCCUUAUUUCACAUUUGACAGAUGCUUCUACAGCUCAUUUAACGAAAAGAGUUUUGAACGCCUGUCUCAAUGAACUCAAAGAUUGGUUUCAUGCAAUUGCAUACUUAAGCACUACGGUGAAUGAUAGUCUACAAGUCUCAUUUCAUCUGCCUCUUCAUCGAUAUUUGGCUGUGUUCCUGAGCCAAGCCGUUGCGAUACAAGGAGUAACAGUUAACGAAGUCUUAGGAUCUAGCGAUUUCUUCUUGGAUCUCUUGAUGAUGCAUCCUCUACGUAUACAGGUAGCGUUUUAUGAAAUUUUAAAUGGUUUAUGGUUGAGGAACGGGCUUCAAAUUAAAGGCCAAGCAAUGACGUAUAUCCAGUGUAAUUUUUGUAACUCCAUGGUUGAUGCUGAUCUCUACUUACUCCAGAUUUGUUGUACUAGGUUGCCCUCGGAAAAGUUUUUGAACAUUGUUAUAGAAAAAUUUCAUAUUAAAGAAUGGAUGAGUCUAGCUCCCUUUCAAGGAACUCAGAGCGCUUAUAUAGAAGGAGAGCAUGACACACCAAUGUUGGAAAGUUUCCUUACAUUUUUAGCGACGCUUAUAAGCGUCCGAACAAAUUUAGGUUUAUCAGAUACAUCACUCAACCGACUAGAAAUGGUAACAUUGCUAUGUAUGGGUGACAAAACUCACUCCCAACUAAUGGAAUUAAUGCCUGAAAGAUGCGGAAUGUCGGAAUCGAGAGAUUUCGAAUCGUUGCUAGCUGAAGUGGCGUUUUAUCGAGCACCUGCUCUAGAAGCGAGUGGUAAUAUGCAACAAGGAAUGUACGUCCCCAAGCCGGAAAUCUGGGAGAAGCAGUACGAUCCUAUUCACGUGCUUCUUAGGGCUGUACAUAGAAGAGAUUUCCAAACAUCCAUGGAUCGAUAUACAGAGUUUGCUAGACAUGCUAAUAAGCUAAAACCAGGUUGCAGUCUCUGGCCACCGUUUAGGACUCCAACAGAAGUAGCGGAAGCCUACGAUGACCCCCGCCAGAUUUUAAAAUCGAGAGUAUUCCAUGCAGCAGCUUUAAUAAUUCUAUUCAAAGCCGUUAGAGGGCAUGUUUCGGAACAUGUGAUGGCUUUAGUUGUGUUCCUAUUAGAACAAGCAGUAUUGAUAGCAGCACAAGAAGACAAUAAAGAGGAUUCAAAAAUGUGCUCGACAGCACCUCCUCAAUCUCAAGUCAGUGAUAUGGAUUUAGCUAGUUGGUUCACGGCAGAUUCCGUAUUUGAUAAUCUCAAAACUGUGAUAGGACAAGUAAUUGUACAUCCAGAACCAGAUUUUUCGCUUAUAACGUAUAGCUCAGAUAGUGAUCUGGACUGGGAUAGUACAGAAAUAGAUGCUGCAGAUAGUGACACAAUGUUAAUGCUUGAUCAAGCACAUUCAAAUAAUAAUUGGGAUGGCGAGGGACAAGAACAAUCCGAAAGUCGUGAGGUUAUGGUAUUUAGGCCUCAGGCAAUGGAAACUAUUUCACCCGUCGUUGAAACACCACCAACGACACCUAGACUUUUUGCAUUGCCUUCAACUACGCCUAUGCCUAUGGAAGUAGAUCGCAUAAUGAGUUUGGCGGUGCGGGAAACGACCCCUUCAGUAACGGAUGUCGGAACUCCGAGUCCCACAGAAACGCCCGCUUUACCACCACCGGAUACGAGACCGGUUUUACUCGCCGGCAACGAAGUUGGCAGAACUGUCAGAAAAACUACCAAAACUCCCGGCGCCUCUGGUUCCAGUAGUAGAACUGGUACAGAAUUGGUUCCUACGACUUCCCAAGGACACAGGAAGUCGCGAUCGAAUACACCUCUAAGGGUAACAAGUAAUUUCCCACCUGUAGUUAAAGUUAACGAAAGUUUAAUAUCUUUGUUGUUGAGGUUACAUUCUCAACUUAGCGGUGUACCUGAUAGUUAUAACCCGGAUGACGAAGAAGGUUCUUCGUCUUCAGUUGACUCGGCAGACAUUUCUGUCGGUGAUGGAAUAUUCUACAUUGCAAGGCUGUUAAAGAAAAUCUCAUCGUUAGAUGAAAACUGUAAAAAUUAUAUUCAGGAGACUCGGCUGAAACUUUGGCCAUCCAAAGAAGAACGCGAAGAGGCAAAGAAACAAAGAGAGAACCGCGAAAGAGAAGAACGUCGAAGGCGUGCGAAAGAACGCCAACAGAAACUGAUGCAGGAAUUCGCCAAUAAGCAAAAGCAGUUCAUGGAAAAAGCUAUGGAGUGUGACGAUGCUGCUGAAGAAGAAGAGGAGGAGGAGGAGGAAGAGGUAGCGAAGCAGCAGGAGUAUGAUUGUGUGAUUUGUAAUCAAAGUUCUCCAAGUACUGAAGAACAACCGAUGGGUCUAGUAGUUUUAAUUCAGGCUACUAGCAUCAUCGGUCAUAUGCGAAGGCACGAUCAACCAGAAAGGUCAGUGCUGCCAACCUGCGAAGAGGAACAAUCGUCGUUUUUCUAUAAAGACGAUAGGGGCACGUCACUCGGAGCAGAAUAUGAUAGGAGAAUUGAUGAACUUGAUAGGCAUUUUGAUCCACAAUCAUGGUUUCUCUCUGUAAAUCAAGGAUGGGAUGGUGGUGUACAUGUUCAGACUUGUGGACAUCAUCUUCAUCUGGAUUGUUUAAAUUCGUACUUAUCAUCGUUACGAACGCAACAAAGACAACUUACUCUGUCUCCAGAAAAGGGGGAGUAUUUAUGUCCUUUGUGUAGACAAUUAGCCAACUCGUUUUUACCACUAUCCUCACAAUUAGGUGAUAAAACUCAAAUGGUGCGCUCAAGACCAAAAGGAAACAUGUCUCACAUUUUAGAAGAACUUAAUAACCUUUUAAUAGAAAAUGAUAGAAAACCAAAUACAAUGAAGAUGGCGGAAGCGAUAGGAAAAGUUAUGGAAGAUAUGUCGAACAGCACCCAAUUGAAGGCUAGGUUUAAAUUUAAAAACGAGAAACCCAUAAUUCAUAAUCUUCAGAGUUUGCUUCUAUUUGUUACCUCGAUAGCGCGAACGAAUCUAGAAGUAGAAUUGAUUCAGAGGGGAGGAUCGCUCGUCCAGUUUUCAAGCGGUUCCACUCUUCUACCCAAAAGAGAUUGUAUAGUUCCUCUACUUCACGUAUUAGCUGUCCACGCGAGAGUCGCACGAGUGUUGGCCAUGUGGCCAGCAUGGAUGAGUUUCCAACAAUUGUGUGGAAUGCAAGCCAAAGUUCCAGUCACUUCUUUAGCACGUGUUGAAAGAGAAGUGCCCCUUUUACUUAGAGAUCCCAUAGCUUUAUUGUUGCAGUAUAUUUUACUGCUGCCUAUGCCUUUGGAUCAAAUGUACUUUACCACGACUGUACAGAUGGUUUAUAAUUUAUUAUAUUAUCAAGUGGUGGCACAAGUGUCCUGUGGAUUAACGGGACUCGAAAGAACUAAAGCUGCUACAGGAGCAAAUACCGAACAUGUUAAUAAUCUUACUGAUGCGUUAGGACUCAUCAACGAAUGUCUAGGGCAGACUGAUCUGUAUAUGGAAAACGAUGAUACCGAAAGUUGUAUUGAUAAAAAUAUAAUCAAAGUUAAUAUGGUUGGAUUAGAACUGCAGGUGCAAAAAUUAUGUCUGCCGUUCCUCCGCAUCGCCGCCCUUCUCAAACACCACCUCUAUCAACAACCCCUCCCGGAUAUUUUCGAAGCGAACAACGAAUUCGUCCGAUUAGUGUACUAUCUCGAACUGGUAACCGAAUCCAUGGACUGGGGCUGGUUCAAUGCCUCCGUAGCUCUAACGUGGUCGAUGGAUAUGGGACUGGAAACGAAGACUCCUAGAGCUUGGUGUGAGCAGUUGGGAGUGUUCGUCGGAAAGAGUCAACUGGCCGCCAAAGGGUUGCUAGCGGAGCAGCAUAUACUGUGGUAUCCUCCUAGGUUAUUGCAAUUACCUAGGGAAUAUGAAAAGAUAUUUACGUAUUACCACGAACGACCUUGCAGGCAAUGCCAAUCGGUAGCUCAAGAAACCAGCAUAUGUUUGUUGUGCGGAACGAUAGUAUGUCUGAAGCAGAACUGUUGCAAACAACAAAACGUUUGCGAGGCCGUUGCGCACGCCGCCGAAUGUGGAGCGGGCACCGGCAUAUUUCUAGUCGUUACUUCAACCUACAUUAUAGUCAUUAGGGGGCACCGCGCGUGUCUAUGGGGUUCCUUGUAUUUAGACGAUUUCGAAGAGGAGGACAGAGAUUUAAAGCGUGGCAAACCGUUAUAUUUAAGUACAGCAAGAUACAAACUACUAGAACAACAGUGGCUGGCGCAUCGAUUCGAUCAUACGGAAAAAACGUGGGUGCCGCAUCGAAACGCCCUGUAAACGCUUCUUAAUGUAAAACACCACUAGCACAUAGAUAUAUUAAAAAUUCAACGCGCGUCUUAUGAUUUUUUAAAUAUGUUGUAUAUAUACUUUGUAGAAUGUUGAAUUUCCCAGUGACUUUAUAUAAAACUUUAUAGUUUGUUUGGAAUAAUUAAAAUAACGUAAAAUACUUAA